AUGAGUUUGGAUUCGGAUCAGUCCCUUCCGGAGCCCGGGAAGGCAGCGCCAAAGUAUGAGGACAUGUCCAAGGAGCUUGAAAUCCUCCGUAGCCAGUCAUCCAGGAUGCAGCAAGAAGCAGAGCAGCUCCGAAUCAAGAACGCUGCCCUGGUUAAUUUCCUCUCCUCCGCUGAGCGGAGUGCGGCGAAGCUCCGUGCGGCUCUGACCGACGCCGGGAUUACACCAGUACUCUCCCCGGACACGUCACCUAAGACCACACGAGCUGGGCAGCCACCACCGCCUGAUCUGCAAGCCGACGUCCAGGAGCUGGAAUCGUGGGCAAUGCGGCUGCGAGGCCUUCGCUGA